AUAAUCGGCAAGUGAUAAAGAAUACAAAAUUCCCCAAUUUGACUUGUGUGUAUCUUCAUCCUUUAUUUUGUAAUUAUUAGGGUUUGCUCUGAGCUCUUCCCUUUUUAAUUCAACAUAAUUAUCAGAGCUUUUGUAUUUCAACAUUUCAUAGUUAUGAAAUUGAGUAUCAUGCGAUACUAACGUUUGCAUCACUUUACCAGAACACCAUAAUUCGAUUCUUGUUAUAAAGCAUUCUACCUACCUUCAUUUCGAGGCAAGCGGAGGUUCUUACUUUCUUGCUUGUACAUAGAUGUACUCCGAAUCAUGAUAUUAUCCGUCAGAUACUGUGUAAGCAGUUUUCUUUUCUCGGAUACAUCAGUGCAACUGACAGAUCUUUGUGUAAGAGGCUAAGAUGCCAUUUACUUACCUAUCUACACUGAGGGGUGCCAUCAGGCAAGAAGUCAAAAAAUUAUUUGUCGGGCGAGAAGUUGGUAUCCAGGAUUCUGUUGAAUUCCGUAUAGCCCUAGGAAACUUUUUUGGCAACUCUAGGCUGUUGCAUUCUGUACCGAACCCAUGUCUUCCUAACCUUAAUGUGGUUUUAGAGCCUAGUCUUGUUGCUGCACAAUCAAGUGUACAUUUAGUGAACCGAAGAAAAAAUAUUUCUUUAGUUGGAGCAAUUUCUCGUACAUUUUCUAUUCCAUCUAUUUCUGGGCCCUCACUCCAGGUCUGUGGGUAUCACGCAGAUUGCCUGCUUAUUGAGCCUAGUCAGUUGUCACUUGACAGUCACUUGCAGAAGACAUCUAUGGCCAUUAGUAGUUCCAUAGCUUUGCUUGCUGAUUGUUCAGUAAAUAGCAUAACAUCUCGGCAGGGGCAUCUUCUACGGAAAACAAGUAAUGCAGAUACCACUUAUCGCAUUAUAUGUUUUGACAGUUGUAGAAAAGCUUGCAUGAAACUGAAAAAUAAAGAACCAAGUAAUAGUUCUUUAUAUGGACUCUUAUCAUAUCAUGUGAUAAAGAGGAGUGGGAAUUCCUAUCCAGCAUUGGGGUUUGGCAUGAGAAGUUUCCACAUAUCAGCACCUACUUUAUUCUCUGCAGGGACUGCUCCUGACGUGUCCGUUGAAAACUCUGAUCGUUUAGAGCAGACCACUAGUUCUGCUGAUUCUUCUGAAAAGAAAGCUACAGCGGGCAGAUCAUUGAAGCUGAAUUCAGGGUCAUGUUAUCUUCCCCAUCCUGAUAAAGAAGAAACUGGUGGGGAAGAUGCUCACUUUAUAUGCUCCGAUGAACAAGCAAUUGGUGUCGCAGAUGGUGUUGGUGGCUGGGCUGAUCUUGGUGUUAAUGCAGGGCUUUAUGCAAGAGAACUUAUGUCACAUUCAGUUGCCGCAAUUCAUGAUGAACCUAAGGGUUCCAUUGACCCAUCUCGGGUGCUGGAGAAAGCAUACUCAAGCACUAAAGCCAGAGGGUCUUCUACUGCUUGCAUCAUUGCUCUCACAGAACAGGGUGUCCAUGCCAUUAAUUUAGGUGAUAGUGGUUUUAUGGUUACAAGAGAGGGGUGCACCAUUUUCCGGUCAACUGCGCAACAACAUGAUUUUAAUUUUACGUAUCAACUGGAGAAUGGCAGUGAUGGUGAUUUGCCUAGCUCUGGUGAGGUGUCAACAUUCCCUGUUGCUGCAGGAGAUGUCAUAGUUGCAGGUACAGAUGGGCUAUUUGAUAAUUUGUACAAUAAUGAUAUUACCUCUGUGGUUGUUCAUGCCGUGAGAGCUGGUUUAGCUCCUCAAGUGACAGCUCAGAAGAUAGCGGCAUUGGCACGCCAAAGAGCAGAGGAUAAGAACCGACAGACGCCAUUUUCCACUGCAGCGCAAGAAGCUGGAUUCCGCUACCAUGGUGGAAAGCUCGACGACAUCACUGUCGUUGUUUCAUAUAUAACGAAUGCUGAUGCUGCCUAGCAUCUUUUGCUCUCUCCCUUCCUGAGGAAUCAUUUCAAGCUUGACUUUCCAGAAAUGAGUUCUGUAUGUUUAGCCUAAAUAAACUCUAGUCGGUUAUUAUUUUGAUUGAAUAUGUAUGAUAACUUGUUUUAUCAGGGUUACUUUUCUUGACUGAAAGAUAAAGAAUAGCUACUAAAGGGUAUUAAAUUUUUGUACAGUUUCUCGAAGUUAUAUAUGUAUAUAUGGUGGAUAAGCAGUUUCAAUAAAUUAUUCUUCAUAUGCA